GUCAGGUGUGUGUAUUGCGUGAAAACUCUAAUAUUUUCGUGCAAAAUGUUUUGAUUCCAAUAAGAAAAUUCUGUGGCAGAACAUCUAUAAUUAUCCAGAUUCUAGAAGAUAGCAGUUAUAAAACAAAGUUGAUUAAAAAAACGAACAUCAUACAAAGAAGAUUUGCCAAGUUUCCUUGCACAAAAAAAUUUCGAUAGAAUAUCAAAGAAAUUUAUUUUAUUUAUUUUAGAACUUUUAAGUGGAUUUCGAAAGAAAAAAAUGUAGUACCUACAUAUCUACACAGCGAAAGUAAUGAAAUCAAUUCAUACAACAAAUGCGUUUUAUGUCUUCAAUUUAAUUUUUUUGUUGUACAUAAGACAUCAUCUGCUGGCCUUGCGCUGACAAUUGGUUGCUUUUGUUGCUUUGAAGUAGAGUAAGAUGGGUCAGGUGUUUCGAUCAGGGUCAGCACUGCUUUCACAUCGUGAUGGUCAUAAAGUAUCCAAGGCUACAGAAGCACGUAUUCAGACACUCUUUGAGAUUUUGCGUGCCAAUCCAAAGGUUUCCCUACAAACAUUGGAAAGUCUACUGCUGCAAAUUCCAAAGAAUGAAAAUAUACUCAUAAUUCACGACGACUGCGGUUACAAUAUACUACAACGUAGUGUAGGCCUAAAUCACAUCGAUUUAACAAAGUGGUUAUUACAUCGGCAUAGGCCAGAUGUUAAUCGUAGUCCCUGUUCACUGCCACUGCAUAUAGCCUGCUUAAAAGGAUAUGAAGAGUGCGUCGAAUUACUAUUAAAACAUGGUGCGCGCAUUGAUACUGAUUCCCGAAUGUGCUUUCCUGGUACACACUCGCAUAACUGUGAAGAAAGUGGCAAGUAUCAUGGAAAUUAUGAUGAUGUUGGUGCUGCUCCAAACGUAUGUGAACGUGCUAAUACGAAACUACAGAAUGCCGUUUGCUAUGCAAUUGAUGGGGAUCAAAUCAAUGUACUAAAUAUUUUAGCACAAAAAAUGGAAGAUCCAUGGGUACCUUUUCGUGUAAAAAAACCGCUAUUGCAUUUGGCAUGUGAACGUGGUGCUUGGAAUUGUGUUCAACAAUUGGUUAUUACACGUUCUGAAGAGAUUAAUUUGAUAAAAGAUGAAUAUUAUCCCAUUCAUCAGGCGGUGCUGCAUGAUGGUCGCUUCUUGGAACUACUAAUACAACAUGGUGCAGUGACAACAGUGCGCACGUGUACUCAGCAAAUGACACUCUUACACGUUGUUAUUUUCGCUGCGCGCAAAUCUGCUGAAGAUACUUUAAGCACCCUGCGGAUAUUAUUGGAGCGUGGCUGCAAGGAGCUCAUCAAUGAGCCUGACUCGUUGGGAAAUACACCACUUCAUGCCCUAAUAGUACGCUAUGCUCUGGAAGAAGCACGAUAUGGCUACGACAAAUGGAGUAAAUGGGAUGUGCUACAUCUUGUACGUUUUCUACUGCAAAACGGUGCUAAGAGCUCAAUUAACCAAACAGGCAAUAGUGCGUUAGCCUGUGUAUUCCGUCAUGUCCGUGAUUGGGAAGUAUGUUUUGAACUGCUUAAUAUGUUAAUUAAAGAAAAUGGAGAUCCGAAUAUUGUGGGACGCGAUGGUUCAGUACCUAUAAUGGUGCUACUUGUACCAUUAAUUAAUAAAGAUCAAUUACAUCAUUUUACCCACUCAAUGAAGGUUUGCUAUUUGAAUUGCAUACGCAUUUUAUUGCAGUACGGGGCCAAUCCAAAUUGCUCGUAUCGUUCGAAUCUGACUCCACUUCAUGUUUUGGUAUUUACUGUUAGUGAAAACUUUACGCUUAAUUGUGAUGCACAAAAACGAACAAAUUUCGACUUUAUUAAGAAUAUAUUGUUAUUAUUAUUACAACAUGGACUUGAUUGCAAUCAAACAUAUCCGCAUAUACUACAGGCCGUAUGCGAUAUGGUCCAAAAUGUGCGCAACUGUUCUGACAUGCAAUGCAUAUACGAAUUGACGCUCACUCUAAUGCAAUAUGGUGCUGAUCCUAACAUAGUACUGAGCAGUCAGGUCACAACAGGUAGCGCAAUAUUCUCCAACGAAAUUGCCAAUUUUGGUGAAGCACUUUGUAGCGGCGGUGGUAAUAGCAAUGGCGCAGGCGCUGGCACAAGUAAUGGUGGAGAUGGAACAUUUCGCAAUUCUUUCCGUACACACUCACGUUACCUGCUUUUUUAUUAUAUAAUUUUAAUAACGAAAAAAGAGUUUAUUCUCAACGAUCCAGCUCUGACAUUUACACGUAUUAUACAUUUGUUUUUCUUAACAAUGCAACAUGGACCACUUUAUAAUUGCCUUAAGUCGUUGCACAAUUUUUAUGUUGCACAAGUACCAAAUAGAAAGACCGAACAAUUAAUAUCAUUGAUUACCUCCUUAUACCGCAAACCACGCAGUCUUAAACAAAUGGCUCGUAUUGCUAUCUAUGAGGCGGUUAAUCGCAAGUUGGCGCAGAAUGCCAAUCGCCUCAAUUUACCUGGUCCGCUGAAGGAAUAUGUACUACACUUCGAGAGAUAACAAGUGCGGUGUAUCAUGGAGCCCUGUAGGAAUGCAGUGCCAACCGAGUUAGUUUCCCAACUCCCACCACAUACCCAAAUUCCUCUUUCCAUAACCUAAAACAAUCAUUUAAUAUCAUUAAAUAUUAGUUUAUAUUAAUAAAAUAUAUAUAUAUUAAUUUAAGGCUUAAUGUACCUAAAAGUUAAAAUUACGUAUGUGCGGUGCGAUUAAUCAAAUAAUCGAGUAGUGACACCUUGUUAAUUAAUUAAUCAAGUAAAAAUAAUUUUUUAUUUAUAUCGAAUGUUUUAUUUCCGGAUUGUCUAUAAAAUAGUUACUUUAUUAAUAUACAUUUUUAUUGC